UUCGCCACCGACGGCAGAGUCGUGAAACCUCAUCACCGCACACGUCUCCGUUUCGGCGUAUGCAGUGUCUAAGCUGCUAAAGAAGCUUUAACCUUAAGGGGGCCUCAGGGAGAGGAGUUGUGCUGCGGCCGCCGAGAGCCCCACCUCCGCGGCUCCGGGUCCCGGGCCCCGGCCUGUGGCUGCGAGCGGCGGCUUCAGGAGGCAGCGGAGACGGCGGCGGCCGACCUGCCGGGUCUCCCUCGCUCGGUGCGGGACUGGGAGAGGAGAUCCGCCAUAUUGGAGCCGGAACCGAAGGUGCCUUGCAGCCGCGGCGCGAGGCGGGUGGAGGCGGCGGCCCUGGCCUGGAUGUGGGAGGAAUCGGCCGCGCUGGGGCCCGCAAGCUUGGAGAGUGAAUGAGCUGCUGACGCUAGAAUCCUCCCCGCCCACUCGCUCCACUUUUCGCCGCCGGGGCCGGACCGGGAGGGGGCCGGAGUCGGCCGUGGCGGCGGCGGCAGGAUGUUCUCCAAGAAGCCGCACGGGGACGUGAAGAAGUCUACCCAGAAGGUGCUGGACACCAAGAAGGACGCGCUGACCCGUCUCAAGCACCUGCGCAUCGUCAUCGAGAACGCAGAAUCUAUCGAUCUUAAACAGUUUUUUGACCAACAUUUUUCACAUAUAUAUUAUGUGUUCUUCGAGAAUUUUGUGACUAUUGAAGCCAGUCUUAAACAGAAAGGUCACAAGUCUCAAAGGGAGGAACUGGAUGCUAUACUUUUUAUUUUUGAGAAAAUUUUACAACUUCUUCCAGAAAGAAUUCAUCAGCGAUGGCAGUUUCACAGUAUUGGAUUGAUUUUAAAGAAACUACUCCACACAGGAAACUCCUUGAAGAUCAGACGAGAGGGUGUUCGUCUUUUCUUAUUAUGGUUGCAAGCUCUUCAGAAUAACUGUAGCAAAGAACAGCUUUGGAUGUUUUCAUGCUUAAUUCCUGGAUUUUCAGCACUACAAUCUGAAUAUGGACCUCGAACUUUAGAUAAUCUCAUUAAUCCUCCACUCAACCUUCAAGAAACCCAAGUCACUAUAGAGGAAAUCACUCCUCUAGUCCCCCCACAAUCAGGAGACAAAGGACAAGAAGAUCUCACAAGCUAUUUUCUUGAAGCACUUUUAAAAUACAUAGUAAUUCAGGUAAAAAGCUUAGAAUGGAAGAACAAAGAAAACCAAGAAAGAGGAUUUUCAUUUUUGUUUUCACAUUUUAAGAAAUAUUACUUGCCUUAUAUUUUCCCAAACAUCUGCAAGGAGAAUAGUUUAUAUCAUCCUGUACUUGAUAUCCCACAGGUGAGACCAAAGCCACAUUAUGUUAUGAUAAAAAAGGAUGCUGAAACCAAUGAAGCAAUCUAUUGUACAAAAGAACCUUUCAUUAAGGCUCGAGUUAUUGUCAUCCGUUGGCUGGUUUCUUUCUGGCUUGAGCCAAAGCCACAUACAGGACCUCAUAUUCCUGGGAUGGAAGGUGAAGUCUUGCCAAAGAAUAUUCAGAGAGCAGCUGCUAGCUUGGUAUCCAGAGAAGAAAACAAAAAUGAUAAUGCUGAUAAAGCAGACAGAACUGCAGAACCAGAACAGUCUCAUUCCAACACAAGCACUCUCACAGAGCGAGAACCUAGCUCAUCUAGUCUUUGUAGUAUUGAUGAAGAACAUCUCACAGACAUUGAAAUAGUUCGCAGAGUUUUUUCUUCUAAGAGAAGUAAUGUAAACUUUGUCACGGAGAUAUUUCGUCAGGCAUUUUUAUUACCAAUUUGUGAAGCAGCAGCUAUGAGAAAAGUGGUAAAAGUAUAUCAAGAAUGGAUUCAGCAAGAAGAAAAACCUUUGUUUAUGCAAGAACCUGAAGAAAUUGCGAUCUCUUCUUCAGACUUACCUUGUAUUGAUAGUGUCACAGACCAUGUUAUUUCAAUGGAAGAAGGAGAAAAGAGAGAAGAGGAAAAUGGGACUGAUAUUGUUGAUCACGUUCGAAAUUCUUCUUGGGCAAAAAAUGGCUCCUACCAAGAUGUUCUUCAUAAUGCCUCCGAAGAAAUCAUAGAACAAAACAUACGAGCUGGUACCCAGGCAGUUUUGCAGGUGUUUAUUAUAAACUCAUCAAACAUAUUUCUUCUUGAACCUGCAAAUGAUAUUAAAAACCUUCUGGAUGAGCACACAGAUAUGUGUAAACGCAUUCUUAACAUUUAUCGGUUCAUGGUUGUACAAGUAUCAAUGGACAAAAAGACUUGGGAACAGAUGCUGCUUGUGUUGCUCAGAGUCACGGAGUCUGUACUGAAGAUGCCAUCACAAGCUUUUCUACAGUUCCAGGGGAAAAAAAAUAUGACCUUGGCAGGUCGACUUGCAGGACCUCUUUUCCAGACUCUUAUAGUUGCCUGGAUCAAAGCAAAUCUAAAUGUAUACAUCUCUCGAGAACUAUGGGAUGACUUACUCUCUGUAUUGUCAUCAUUGACCUAUUGGGAAGAGUUAGCCACUGAGUGGUCACUGACUAUGGAAACACUAACUAAAGUCUUAGCUAGAAAUUUAUAUAGUUUGGAUCUCAGUGAUUUACCAUUGGAUAAGUUGAGUGAACAGAAGCAAAAAAAGCACAAAGGGAAAGGAGUUGGACAUGAAUUUCAGAAAGUUUCAGUUGACAAGUCAUUUUCUAGAGGAUGGAGUCGUGAUCAGCCUGGCCAAGCCCCAAUGAGACAGAGAAGUGCAACAACCACUGGUUCCCCAGGAACCGAAAAGGCAAGGAGUAUAGUACGGCAAAAAACUGUUGCCAUGAGAAGCCGAUCCAUUGGUGAAUGUGCUCUGCCAUCGGCCUAUAUACGCAGUGCUAAAAGUGCUCCUGUUCUGAUCCAUACUUCCAAACCCUUCUUGCCUGAUAUUGUUCUCACUCCCCUUUCUGAUGAGCUUUCAGAUAUUGAUGAUGCUCAAAUACUUCCCCGCCCAACUAGAGUCAGACAUUUUUCACAAAGUGAAGACACUGGAAAUGAAGUUUUUGGUGCUUUGAAUGAGGAGCAGCCAUUGCCUCGAAGUAGCAGUACUUCUGACAUCUUGGAACCAUUCACUGUUGAACGAGCCAAAGGUGCAGUUCCUGUCAUUGACAGUUCAUCCCGUCAUGCGCCAAGCUUGCAGAGUUCCACAGAGGCUUCUUCAAUAACUAGAUCCACUGAAAGCCACAUCACUGAUACUCACAGUAGAGAGUCUUCUCUGGAAGUUGGUGAUAGCAUAUAUGACCAUCUUUGUCACUUAAUAGAUCCAGUAGAACUUGCAGAUUCAGCUUUUGAACAAAUCCAGUACAUUGACCUUGAAGGAGAUGACGAUCUUCUUACCUCCUUGAAAGAAUAUUUUAAGGAAAACCAGGAAAAUCAUAGUAAAAAUGAGUUAGGUAAAGAUGCAGCUUCUGAGGAAGUAAUUAUUGCAGUAAAUAGGGAUGAACGAUCAUCUUUAGAUAAAUUAGAAUAUGUAGACCAGGAAAGUAAAUCAGAAAAUAUCACCUCUUUUGUUGGGACUCCUGAAAACACUCAGUUUCAAAAAGAACCAGACUCAGCUGCCUUCGUGAGUAGUGUUGCGCCUAACCAGUUAGACAGUUUUAUGAGAACCAAAACUUACGAAAAACCCGAGGAACUAAAAAAUGAUAAACAAUCAUCAGAACCUAGCUCAGGUAGCCCUUGUGAUAAAGAAAAAAGGAAACACCUGUAUAGACAAAGAGCCACAGAAUUAGAUGCCUGUGUAGAUGUAACAGUAGUCGAAAAGGUUAAGGGUGUGCAAAUUAAUGAAAAAAUCACUGUCCCACAUGUUAUGCAUACCAAGAAAACUACACUAAAAACACCUGUUAACCAUAGACUGCCUCCUGUUACAAACACUAGCAAACUUUCUCCAACUAAAAGGAGCUUGUCUGAAACAGUAACUCAUAGAGCCAAAAUCAUGAAAAUUACUACUAAAAAACGAAAUACUGUUCAUGUUACUUUUAGACCAUCUACUGAAUCAGUUCAGUUUUAUAAUCCUCUGGAAAACAAAGAGGCUCCAUGGAAGAUGAGACUGCGGAAGCUUGGUGGCUUCAGUAGUAGUAGUGGCAGUAGCACCAGCAGCGCCAGCAACCUCCAUACCAGCUCAAAUAGUUUUACAGAGUUAGUAAAACCUGGUGUGUACAGGCCUCUAGAUACACUUGGUACAGCAUCAGUAAGUAAAACAACUAAGGAAUCUACAGAGAUUCCCACCACUGUAUUACAAAAAGAAGGAGUUGCAAGUAAUCAGUUAGGUAGUCGUAGUACUCUUAGGUCAUCAAGUCAUGAGGCAGGACUACAGCAGGGCUCCCUGGGUGGCGUUUAUAAAACUGUUGUACAUGCUCUUUCGAAGCCGAAGGCAAAUGUUUCCCCACAGAGGCAGAACAGAAUGCCACCAGAGGCUCCACUGAGGGAUCUGUACAGUCAUGUAAUGGGCUAUUUUGGAAGGAAAGCUGCAGAUGUACAUAAAGGUUUCAUGAUAGCCAAUCAUGAUUUAAAUAUGGAACCUCUAUGGACAGAUUACAGAAAGCAAGAUUAUGUCAAUAAAGAGGACAUGAGCCCAAAACUGCCUCCUCUUAAUAGUGAUAUUGGCAGCAGCAAUGUUAAUGUUCCUGAUCUGAUGGAUGAGUUUAUAGCAGAACGACUUCGAAGUGGUAAUGCCUCAAGUAUGACAAGAAGAGGAAGUAGUCCAGGCAGUCUUGAAAUUCCCAAAGACCUCCCUGAUAUUCUAAAUAAGCAAAACCAGAUGCGCCCAAUUGAUGACCCAGGUGUGCCCUCAGAAUGGACUUCUCCUGCCAGUGCAGGGAGCAGUGAUCUUAUCAGCUCAGAUAGUCAUUCGGAUUCAUUCAGCGCUUUCCAAUAUGAUGGCCGAAAAUUUGACAAUUUUGGCUUUGGAGCUGAUACUGGGAUUAUAUCUUCUGCUGAUGUGGAUUCAGGUUCUGGCCAUCAUCAGAGUGCUGAAGAGCAAGAAGUGGCUAGUCUAACUACACUUCAGAUAGAUUCUGAAACAAGCAGUCUUAAUCAACAAGCUUUCUCUGCUGAAGUUGCAACGGUUACUGGUUCAGAAAGUGCUUCUCCAGUCCAUUCAGCUUUGGGAUCCAGGUCACAGACACCUUCUCCUUCCACACUGAAUAUAGAUCAUAUGGAACAGAAAGAUCUGCAGCUUGAUGAGAAGCUCCACCAUUCUGUUCUUCAGACUCCAGAUGACCUAGAAAUCAGUGAAUUUCCAUCUGAAUGUUGUAGUGUGAUGGCAGGGGGUACACUCACAGGAUGGCAUGCUGAUGUUGCUACUGUAAUGUGGCGAAGAAUGCUAGGUAUUUUGGGAGAUGUCAACGCUAUUAUGGAUCCUGAAAUACAUGCUCAAGUUUUUGAUUACCUCUGUGAACUUUGGCAAAAUCUAGCUAAGAUUAGAGAUAACCUCGGCAUUUCAACUGAUAACCUGACCUCCCCUUCACCUCCAGUUUUGAUUCCUCCACUGAGAAUUCUUACACCUUGGCUUUUCAAGGCAACCAUGUUGACUGAUAAAUAUAAACAAGGUAAAUUACAUGCUUACAAACUUAUUUGUAAUACAAUGAAAAGAAGACAAGAUGUUUCUCCAAAUAGAGAUUUUCUAACACAUUUCUACAAUAUAAUGCAUUGUGGAUUACUUCAUAUUGAUCAGGAUAUUGUCAAUACAAUCAUCAAGCACUGCUCACCUCAGUUUUUUUCACUUGGUUUGCCUGGUGCCACAAUGCUUAUUAUGGAUUUUAUUGUAGCAGCUGGUAGAGUGGCUUCUUCAGCUUUUCUCAAUGCACCAAGAGUGGAAGCCCAAGUUCUUCUGGGAUCUUUGGUUUGCUUUCCUAACUUAUAUUGUGAACUGCCUGCUCUCCAUCCCAACAUUCCUGAUAUUGCUGUGUCUCAGUUUACAGACGUUAAGGAACUUAUAAUCAAAACUGUAUUAAGCUCAGCAAGAGAUGAGCCUUCUGGUCCUGCACGAUGUGUAGCACUGUGCAGUUUAGGUAUUUGGAUUUGUGAAGAACUGGUCCAUGAGUCUCAUCAUCCUCAAAUCAAGGAAGCUCUGAAUGUAAUUUGUGUCUCCUUAAAGUUUACUAAUAAAACAGUAGCCCAUGUGGCUUGUAACAUGCUUCACAUGCUGGUUCAUUAUGUACCUAGACUUCAGGUUUAUCAGCCUGAUUCUCCCUUGAAGAUUAUUCAAAUUCUAAUAGCCACCAUCACCCAUCUUUUGCCAAGUACAGAAGCUUCAUCUUAUGAAAUGGAUAAGAGGUUGGUAGUAUCCUUACUUCUGUGCCUUCUGGACUGGAUCAUGGCCUUACCUUUAAAGACACUGCUCCAACCAAUCCAUGCUACAGGAGCAGAAAAUGAUAAAAUAGAAAAAUCUGUCCUCAAUUGCAUUUAUAAGGUAUUACAUGGGUGUGUUUAUGGAGCUCAGUGUUUUAGCAAUCCAAGGUAUUUUCCAAUGAGCCUCUCCGACUUGGCAUCUGUAGAUUAUGAUCCUUUUAUGCAUUUGGAAAGUCUGAAAGAGCCUGAACCUCUGCACUCUCCAGAUUCAGAACGAUCCUCUAAACUUCAGCCAGUGACAGAAGUGAAAACUCAAAUGCAACAAGGAUUAAUCUCUAUAGCUGCCCGCACUGUUAUUACGCAUCUGGUAAAUCACUUGGGCCAUUAUCCAAUGAGUGGUGGUCCUGCUAUGUUAACAAGUCAGGUGUGUGAAAAUCAUGACAAUCAUUACAGUGAAAGUACUGAACUUUCUCCUGAACUCUUUGAGAGCCCAAAUAUCCAGUUCUUUGUAUUGAACAAUACAACCUUAGUGUCCUGUAUCCAGAUCAGAUCAGAAGAGAGUAUCCCCGGAGGAGGUUUAUCUGCUGGCCUUGCGUCGGCCAAUUCAAAUGUCAGAAUCAUAGUACGUGAUCUGUCCGGGAAAUAUUCAUGGGAUUCUGCCAUCCUGUAUGGACCACCUCCUGUGAGUGGCUUGUCAGAACCUACGUCUCUUAUACUUUCAUUGUCUCGCCAAGAGAAGCCAGAAGAGCCUCCUACAUCUAAUGAAUGCUUAGAAGAUAUAACAGUAAAUGAUGGGAUUUCCCUCCAGUUUAAAAGAGGUUUUAGAGAAACUGUACCAACUUGGGAUACCAUAAGAGAUGAAGAGGAUGUUCUUGACGAGCUUUUGCAGUAUUUAGGUAUAACUAGUCCUGAGUGCUUACAGAGAACUGGAAUCUCACUUAAUAUUCCUGCUCCACAACCUGUGUGCAUUUCUGAAAAACAGGAAAAUGAUGUUAUUAAUGCUAUCCUUAAGCAGCAUACAGAGGAAAAAGAAUUUGUUGAGAAACACUUUAAUGACUUAAACAUGAAAGCUGUGGAACAAGAUGAACCAACACCUCAAAAGCCUCAGUCAGCAUUUUAUUAUUGCAGAUUGCUGCUUAGUAUAUUGGGAAUGAAUUCCUGGGACAAAAGGAGGAGCUUUCAUCUCCUGAAGAAAAAUGAGAAACUACUUAGAGAACUUAGGAACUUGGAUUCAAGACAGUGUCGAGAGACUCACAAGAUCGCAGUAUUUUAUGUUGCUGAAGGACAAGAAGAUAAACAUUCCAUUCUCACCAAUACAGGAGGAAGUCAAGCAUAUGAAGAUUUUGUAGCUGGUCUUGGUUGGGAGGUCAAUCUUACAAACCACUGCGGUUUCAUGGGAGGACUACAAAAAAACAAAAGCACAGGAUUGACCACACCAUAUUUUGCUACCUCUACAGUAGAAGUGAUAUUUCAUGUAUCAACAAGAAUGCCUUCUGAUACUGAUGACUCUUUGACCAAAAAAUUGAGACAUUUGGGAAAUGAUGAAGUACACAUUGUUUGGUCAGAGCAUACUAGAGACUACAGGAGAGGAAUUAUUCCUACAGAAUUUGGUGAUGUCCUUAUUAUAAUAUAUCCAAUGAAAAAUCAUAUGUUCAGUAUUCAAAUAAUGAAAAAACCAGAGGUUCCUUUCUUUGGUCCACUUUUUGAUGGCGCUAUUGUGAAUGGAAAGGUCCUACCCAUUAUGGUUCGAGCAACAGCUAUAAAUGCAAGCCGUGCUCUGAAAUCUCUGAUUCCAUUGUAUCAAAACUUCUAUGAAGAGAGAGCACGAUACCUGCAAACAAUUGUCCAGCACCAUUUAGAACCAACGACAUUUGAAGAUUUUGCAGCACAGGUUUUUUCUCCAGCUCCCUACCAUCAUUUACCAUCUGAUGCCGUUGGUUUUCCAGUAUGGGUCCAGUAUGAACCAAUUCAGAUCUUCAGGAAGAGUAAAGGCUCCUACCCAGAGAUUCUAUCCAGUGAAACUCCCACAGCAACGCAGGUAGAUGGGGCUGACCUGGCCUCUCCAAUGUCUCCUCGAACUAGCAAAAGCCGCAUGUCCAUGAAACUGCGUCGAUCCUCUGGUUCAGCCAAUAAAUCCUAAGGAGACAAGCAGCCCAGCAGUGUGAUCAGCAGUAACAACCUUAGCAUGAACAUAGUGUUAACCCUUUCAGGCCUUCAUGUUUACCAUAGCAUGCAUGUUUCUUCCUGAACAUUAAUUUUAGAAAACACUGGAUUUAAAUAAUUUGUAACUUAAUAUUUUAGAUUUGGGUUGUUUAUUCAGUUGGUUCCCCCCCACACACACACACAACACUCUAAGCUGCCAUAUUUUUUGGGGGGUGGAGCUUUAUUCUAGACCCUUACCUUCCUGGAUAAUUAAGUCUUAAGCAGUUUCACUUUUAAUUUUGUGAUUAACUUUGAGCCAAAAUAUAAUUGGACAAAUAGUCUCAGUAUUUUAUUUAUCGUGCCCCAUUGCAACUUUAUGGCUCAGUAAAUAUAUCAUUUUUUACAAAUGUAAAUUUUUAAAUUUAAGCAUUUGUAAAAUUAUAGCAAAAUUUGCAAAUCUUAAUACACAGGUUGUGUAUUGAUUGCUUAUGUUAUGAAAAUAAAACACUUUAAAUGGUCUUUUAGCAUCUCAAGUUCCCACUGACAUAAUUUUAGCAUUAACUUUUUCUUCCCAAAGCAAUGCCUCAUUUUGUGGCUGUGCAGAUGAUGCCAUGAUAUAUUUAAUACCCAGAAAAAUCACUGUGCUGAACUUUGAUUUAUGUUUAGCUUCCAAAUAUUUUUCUAAUGUUUUGUUUUUUUAAAUGGUAUCACUGUUAAAUGCCAUUUUUGUUUUAAGAUUGUGGCCCUGUAUUAUUGGCUGCUAGAUCCUGGUAUAUCCAUGUUCUUUCCUAAAUAGCAAAAAGAGGGUAAUUGGGGGGAUGGAGAGAAAGAAAAAAAGAAAAAGAAAAACUUUUCUAAUAUAAAUGUGUUGCUUAAAUUAUGUAUAUUUUAAAAGAAAAAGGAACAUGACCCAGGAGUCUAAAUUAAAUCUAAUAUUAUUAAUACUGAACUUGCUGAUGGAGGUUGGUAUUCAUUCCACCCUGCAGAAAUAUUUUCCUACAGUAAAUAAGCUGCUCACAUUUUGUUCAUAUUUUGUUUUGAACGGGCAUCUCCUAAGGAAAUGUAGCAUGACAUCAGUACUAACUGCAUGUGUAAAUACAUCAUACGGGCAAACUAUAAAAUAUAAAUUAUGUAUCAUCAUUCAUUCAUGUAGUAUCUACAAAUUUGUAACAGUGAAAGAAAAAGAUAUGGUAUUUAAUAAUACAAUAAAAAUAUUCUUAUCACUUA